GCAGCCACCAGCCUGGGGUCCUCACAGCUUAUAAACAAGGGAGCAAGCCUGCACUAAAAGUACGCGUAUUAUGGAAACGGUUGACUGCAUUUUGAUAACUUAUUGAAAUGUUUAGUUCCAGCUAGUCCCCAAUAAAUAGCUGUAUUGGGUUUUUUUUCAGGAUCAUUUUAAUUAUAAAAUUGGGUACAUUGUUUCACUGAGGAGAUGGAUGGUUACCCCGGAGUCAUCGUCGGUGAUCCCACCAAACAACAAGAAAGACAUUACUACUUAUUAUCAGAACUUCAAACUUUAGUUAAAGAUUUACCAAGCUCCUUCCAGCAGCGCCUGUCCUACAACACGCUGAGUGACUUGGCUCUGGCACUCAUUGAUGGGACGGUUUAUGAGAUUGUGCAGGGGCUCCUCGAUAUUCAGCAUCUGACUGAGAAAAACCUUUAUAACCAGAGGCAGAAGCUGCACUGUGAACACCAAGCACUCAAACAAGAUCUUCUAAGGAAACAUAAAGAAGCUCUGCAGUCAUGCAAGUCUCACAACCUUGCGCUUCUCAAAUCAAACCAACAGGCAGAGCUGGAGGCUCUGGAAAUCCGCGUGCGAGAGGAACAAAAAAUGAUGGAUAAGAAGAUUGUAGCAGAAAUGGAUCAGAAAGUGAUAGAUCAGCAGAACACCCUGGAAAAGGCAGGAGUCCCUGGAUUUUACAUCACCACUAAUCCUCAGGAACUGACAAUGCAGAUGAACCUCCUUGAAUUGAUACUCAAACUACAACAGAAGGAGUCGCAGUCUGGGGUCAUGUGAGAAACAUGCCUUAUUUCACAAGAAGAGAUGAAAAAAUCCUGUGAAGGCCACAGACGGAGUACGCUGACAUUCCUGUAACUACGAGAUUCAACAUGUGGUGGUCGUCUUUGUUCAGGAAAUGUUUGAUUGCUAUCACACCAUGUGUUCCUGUUAAGAUACAUUAUGUCAAUAUUUAUGCAGAGUAUUGAGAGAGCAGGCUCCUCCUCUAACUCAGCAGAAGUAGGUCAUUGUGUUGCGUGAAGACACAGAGGGCUGAAGCAUGGAUGAAUUGUUUGACUCUUCUGCAGUGAGCUGGUCUCCAUACAAAUCCCUCCUGAUGCCUUUUAAGAAAUCAACACAGUUUUUGGGAGAGCUAAUUUCAAAUUUGUAAAAAGGAAAAGGUGUAAAUCUGUUAAUUCCAGUUUUCCAGCUGUAUUUUGAAUGAACUAUUUUUUAUUUAUUUAGUUUUUUUUUAUUAAUUACUCACUUUUUAAUAAAGGAUUAUUUUUUGUAAUCUUAUUAUACUCUA